AAGGGUCAGUCCAACUUGGAUUGCUUUCAGUAUUUGACGCAGCAACAAGGAAACCAGCUUACCCUUCCGUCUCAACGCCUUGAACUUUAGGAUCUGAACAAACAUCACCAAAUUCCUAAUAACUGUUGCUCGGUGCGAUCAAUCGAAAUCCCAUUAUGCCAGUCACUUCGCGACAGCAAGCUAAACGAGCCGUAGACGAACACGACAAAUCGCCUAUUGGUUUAGAGGUCGCGAGUCGGAAGAACGGUUACUCAGCCGCUUCAGACCUAGUGUGGGAAGACGUACCUGACGGCGAUCUGCACAAGUGCUUGCAUCAAAUUACCGCCAUUGUGUUAUCGUUGGAUCGCAAAAAUAUUUUAAGUCAAGCGCAGUCUCAGCCCUCAGCUGAAAAAUGGGAUAUUUCCUUGGAGCAAAUAGACCAAAAAAUUGCUAGCAAAGAAUAUUCUAACAUAGCUGAAUACCAGACCGAUAUGGACCAGCUCUUUAAAUACGUGUCCCAAUCGUUGGAUAUUAAUUCGCAAGGCCAGCUUAUGUCUUUGCUUAAUGCUGCUCACCAACUUAUUCGAAUAGAAACAAAGCGGCUAAAAAGGCAUCCACCUGAAGACUCACAUCAAGAGUCGGGCGCUGUGGAUACUGAUAAUAUGGACGGUGAUAUCACUAUGGAUGAAGCUCAUAACGGUUCCAACGGGGUGCAUACUGAAGAAAAUGUAUCUGACCAGGAAAUACGCAAGGCUUUAUUUCAAGUCACUGCAGAUGGCUAUGUCUUUUCUGAAAUGUCCAAAAAACCGCACUGGGCUGGAGAGUCUGAAAAUAACCCGACGCUUCCAUCAAAUUAUCAAGAGGUCGUCAUUCAUCCGGCUCCAUAUGAGGAGAAGGAGGUCGUGCCGCUUAGCCAGGCUGUCCCAAAUCACGUUGAGCAACACCGACGCAUAGAUCGAUAUGAACAACGAAUGGUGCCAGUGGAAAUGCUGGAUUAUGGCGCCUUUGCUAGCUUUGCCCCCAAGUAUGACUCAAAUUCUGCCACAAUUUCAUUCGAAAGUACCUACAUGGCCAAGACCUCUAAACAAGCGUUGCGUGAAGAUCAAAAACGAAGAGCUCGCGAAUUUUAUGGAGAUUCAUCAGUUGAUGCAGCAUGGUUAAAAGAGCAAGGUUUUGAUGUGGAUGCGAUAAUGGAAUCUGUCAAAGACGUCGAAGGGCAGAAUGAGGAGACGGAUGACAUGUCCAAAGCGAUUGAGCAGAACGCCCAUCUACUAAAACGGCUGGCCGAGCUUCAAGAUGAAAGAUUUGCUCAACAAGGUAAACCUGGAGGCGCCGUUAACAAGGAGGAACUCAAAAUAGCUCAUGCUUUGGAACAGCGGCUGCAAGGAGCGAUAUCACAAGUCACUCCAAAGGACCUUGUAGAUGCAAGUGCCAUUGAACGUGCUAUGCAGAGAAUUCCAGUGAAGGAUCCAGUGUACCGUGGCACAUUACCGCCUACCAAGUUAUUCGCUUUCACUACCGAUGAUCAGAGAUCCAACAGUGUAUCAGGAUUCCCUGGUCAGUCUGGCGCUCACCAGAUGAACGUUAACAACCAUUUUCGAAAUCGCUAAACGACGAUAGCAAAUCUUUCUUUCCGCUUCCCCUCUUGCUUUCGUGCAAUAUAGAGCUACAUGUACCAUCCACACCAGUUUGAACGCUUCUUUUACAUAUAUAAUUAUUACUUCUUUUUUUUUUUCUUUCUUUCCAGCGAAGAACUUUUUUAUA